UAGAACAGUGGAAAGGGUUCGGGUGUGAAUAUGAAUAAUGUUAAACUUGUUAGCUUUCACUUCGAAGCGCUCAGGCUCACUUUGCUGAGGGUAUUUUGUUUUUUUCGCUCGCUCUUUUUCUCCUUUUCUUUCUAGGGUAUGUAUCUAAGGGCAAAUAUUAGAAAUGUUGAUCUAAAGGGAAAAGGGGAGGGAGGAUCUUUCAAGGGCUCUUUCCUCUGCAAGCAUACUUGUUUUAUAUGUAUUUUACUUUUUUUGCGCAACCGCUCUCCAAAGCAGAUACAAAAGUUUAUCUUUUGCAUAAUUCCACUAGAAGCGAACGAUAAGGGUUGUUGUACUGUCAGCCUCUCGCCGAGGAAACUAAAAACAAAUCUCCCAAAAGAACAAAUAUUGAUGCAUUUACAAGCCAUCGAACUUUAUAGCACGCUGGGAUGAAAAACACAUCAAAUUUCUUGUGUUAUGCUAAAGCCUCUUUUUGUUCCCGUUGGAACGACUUUAUUGGUCCAAGGGUGCAGAGAGAAACACAGCUUGACCUGCCCGUGCUUCAAUUAACCAAGUGCAGCGCUCCUCAACUUCAUUCAACCUCUUUUUAUGACCGGCUUCCCUAGCUCUCGACCAGCAACCAGCAGCAUCCUUUCCGUGCCGGUUCCUGGUGGCCGGGGUUGCAAAUCCUAUUUAUGAAACAAGGCUGCUGUUGCUGCUACGUAAAAGGAGUUCCUUUUGUUCGUUCAAGCACAUCCCAACCACUGUAAUAACAGUGAACACCCCUGGAACACGUUACGACAAGCUCGAUCAGCAGCAUACGCGAUCGGAGUGAAGGUGGAAGGUGUCACAUUUGAUCCCUCCCAACUGCAGCGGGUAAGGAUGCGACGAUCGCACCUGAUGGGGAGUACGAAACCGAAGAUCCUAGCACGAAAUGAGAUCGAUCUUCACGGCCCGAGCACGAGGUGCCAAUGAGGAGGAGGUUUCCACUUUAUGUUCCAUUUCACACGCGCCAGGUAGGAACAAGACACACUGGAGGAAAGACGGGGUGCACAAAAAUAACAUUAGCAUAACACAUUGACCUUACUGCGCGCGGGUGCGAAUGUAGUACCUCCUGAGACCGGGCCGGGCGGAUUUCCUGUUACCUGCUGUUACCGGGAAGAUCCUUUACCGUUUAUUCAAGAGGUCCUUAGAGAUCGUCCUGCAUGAUGGAACGUGUUGCAUUGUGGGCUACCCGGGCUGCAAUGUUUGUGAUCGUAUUGGUAAGGUAACGCCCUCCGGAAUGUGUGCCCAGCAGGAUCCUGGAUGCUGCAGGACUGCUGCUGGCGAAGGUAGCUACCAUCCAGGUGUGUGCUCGGGCAGGUCAAGCAGGCAAAGGAUCGAUACGGAAUUCGACAGGGCUACGCAAAGGUGGUCCCUUUGGAGGAAAGGUAAACGAUUCUCCUUUGGGUAUUUAACAUAGCUGCACCGGUGUGUUGAACAUCAUUCGCUUUCGGAACGUUCAUCAGAGCAGUAGAGUCACGUCGGCCGACUAAUCUUUGUGCUUGAUCUUCAUCUCGGGAACUCACCAAGUUGUGUGUAGUUGCUCAAGUUCAGUUUCAAACCAAAUUCCGUGUCUCUGUGUUGUGUGAAUUCCAUUCAAACCAAGCAACCAAUCAACCACCAUGUGUAGCUACGCCGUGCAAAACCAACGUGACAACAUGUGCUGGUGCUUUGAAGAGAUCAGUCUCAUGCUGCUAGUGCAACGCAUCCUGAUGUAUCUGUGGUAUCGGCUACUUUUGAAAAUGUUCCCGCGCCUAAGCGUCCUUCCAAACUGCCACGAGUGUUCACCAAGGCGCAGUCUGCCCUGCGGACAGCUAGCCGACGAAUACUGGAAAGCGUCCUACUUCUCCCGCCAUCCCUUGUACGACAGCAACCUACAGCAAGCGUUCCCUACCGCCGGUUUCUGCAACCACAUGCCACCAACGGAACCGAUCUGCGGUGCAAUCGAUGCAAUGUUCGAGCAUCAGCAGCAGGACGAGGACGACGAACCGGAAGAGUUCAACUUUAACUGCAGCGAUAUUAGCCACAUCUACCAGAGCACCUUCCUGGACGACGAGUACGACGAGUGCCUGCUGGCGAAGGAUAUUGCGUGGGACGCACCGGUGCCGGAGGUGAAAGCGAAAGCCGCCCUGCCACUGGAGCAGGAAAUCUCGCUGCUGCUGAACGAUUACUACAUCGACGACGAUCUGGACGACCAUCUGCAGAUGGCCGAGUAUCAGACGGCGAUCGGGAGCAGCAUGUUGUGCUGUGAUUCGUUUCUCGAAUAGUGUCCAUAGACGUGGCGAGUGAUAUAGUUCCUAAAUCGUGAUAGUUCCUUAGGUUUACGGAUUCCGGAUUUGUACAUACGACGCCUUCCCCUAGCAGAGUAGGAUAGAUUUAGCGAGAGAUGAUAGGUU